UCACUCCCCAACCCUAACCCUAAAUCUGAACCACCUGCUUUUCGCUCGCUCGCUACAUCCAGCCGCAAGGAAGACCAGAUCGAAGCUAAACAGCCUCGCAUUCAUUCAACAUGGGAAAGGUUCACGGAUCGUUGGCUCGUGCCGGUAAAGUGAGGGGUCAAACCCCCAAGGUUGCCAAGCAAGACAAGAAGAAACAGCCCCGUGGACGUGCCCACAAGCGCAUCCAAUACAACCGCCGAUUUGUCACCGCCGUUGUCGGUUUUGGAAAGAAGAGGGGGCCAAACUCAUCAGAGAAGUAAGGCAUGGGAUCAUGCUCAAUCUUAUUUGUUUUUUUGACCAUUGUUAUGUUUUUGUUUUGAUGUUACAGAAGUUUGUUAAACAUUAUGAAGUAGUAGUAACUUCCAAGUGAGCGUUUUGUCAGCAUUUCAUGAUUUA